AUGAGAGUAGCAAUCAUCGGUGGCGGACCAGCCGGCUGCACGGCUGCCUACACGCUGCGCAAAUUCGGGUGCGAUGUGCACCUCUUCGAGCGAGACAAUCGCAUCGGCGGGCGCACCAGCCAAAUCCGCAAGGAAGGCUUCAAUCUGGGGACGGGCGCUCUGUUCCUGAUGGGAGGUAUCUAUCCUCGCACCAACGCCAUCCUGAAGGAACUCGGCCAUGACAAGGACGUGGUGCCCUGGAAAGCCACCACGCAUGUCGUGGACUGGGACCGCCAACGCUACACCGCGCGCUUCGACAAGAUCACGAGCUUCAUCAUGCUGCCGGUGUUCAAUUUCCUCGAUCGGCUGAAGAUUGUGUUUGGCAUCGUCAAGCAGUUCCUCUCCCCCGGCCCCAAGUCGCUCUUCGACGGCGCCGAACUCGCCCACUACGACCACGGCGAGACCCUGGACACCUGGUCCGACCGGGUGCUGGGGAAAAAAGGCACGAAUUAUCUGACACUGCCGUACAUGGGCUUCCUCUAUGCGGUGCCGCUGAGCUGGCAGUCCACCCCUCUGUUCCAAGGCGUCGUCCAGCAGUUCUACAAGUUGUCGCUGCAGGUGCCGCCGGAGGGCGUAGGGCAGUUCAGUGAAUGGCUUGUCGAGGGCACGCCCGGUCUCGAUCUCCACCUGUCCACUCCGGUGGAGGCGGUCAGCAUCCACGAUGCCGGCGGCUACACGGUCAGCGCUGGCGGCAACUCCUAUGAUGUCGACGGCGUGGUGAUGGCGCCCGAGCCCGGCGUGGCUGCCGAUCUCCUGACCGGCCUCAUCCCACCGGACUCGCUAGCCAAGCUUCGCAACUGCCGCUACUCCGAAUACGCUCACGUCCAGCUCUGCUACAAGAAAAACCCGUGGCCGAACUUCCCAGCCUCCAUCGCGCUGCCUGCGACCAACUUGAGAAACUGGGGCGCUUGCGUGCUGUUGAGCCGUCGCCAUCCCAACUCGGUUCCCCCCGGCGGCGAAGCGGUCGGCGUAUACUUCUAUACGCCGCCGCUGGCGAACAUGACCGACGACGACAUCAAGCGCGAAGCCCUGACGGCCGUGACGGAAGUGUUCGGCGCCGCCCCCGAACCGGACUUCAUCGAGAUGUUCCACUACAAGCGUGGCCUUUCGCUCUCGCCGCCAGGCCAUUUCGCCACCUUGAACUCACUGCAUAGCGAAAUGCCCAGCGGCAUUGUUCUCGCCGGCGAUUACUUCGCCCACGCCGGUGUGGAAGCGGCAGUGUUAAGCGGCGAGCGGGCGGCGUAUCGGUUACUAGGCAAAUGA